AUUUGGGCCAUCGCUGCGUCGUCAUGGCCGUCCCUUCAUCUUUGCGACUUCUGGGCCGCCCCUCCACGCUGGAGAACUCCGACAUUUGCGGAUUGUAUGUGCACAGUGGAUGGAACGAGGGUCGCGCCACGUAUCUCCAAGUGGGCACCAACACUGCCCUCUACUUCCGCAACGGCACUUGGGUGGUGGAUCGCUAUGGGGUCCGUGACAGCGACCUGGCUGCGGCCUGGGCCAAGGACCACCGGCAGCCGACGCCGCUGGGCCUGGCCUGGUCCGUGUGGAAGUCCGGCGCCAAGGACUUCGUGGCGGAUCAAAAUCUCCAGGCCUUGGACGCGCCUGAUGUGACCUUUAUCAGCCGACGAGCCGACAUCAGCGGGGAGUACACCUUUGCAGGUGUCAGUGAAGGCUAUCCCUACUACUCCAACGGUGACAUGUUGAUCCGCUACCACCACGAGGGGCGCAAGUGGCUGGUGGCCGGGACGGAGCACAAGGGGAACAACUGCAUCGCCUAUGCGGAAGCCCAAGAGACGAUGCAUCCGGGCUAUGGAUUCCUGAAGUGGCAUGUGUGGAAUGCCUCCACGGGGCAAUGGAAUGCGGAUGCCAAUUGUCACUGCCUUGCUGCGCCCAGCGUCAUUCAUGUGCUUGGUCGACAUCCUCAGGCCUGCAACGCCCGGAUCUGCGGUGCCUACCACCUGGUGGGCGUCCGAGAGGGUCGUCCCCUGUAUCUGCUGCCGGGGAAGAAGGCCGUGAUUCGCUACGCGCCCGAGUCCGACAGGUGGCUGAUCGACUUCGACGCCCUGGCGGAGCCGGGGAUCUUGGGUCGCAUUUUGCAAUGGGCCUUCAACGGCUCGGAGGCCUCCGAUGCGUGUUCCGCCUACGCGGAUGCCCGGGGCUCAUCGCAUCCGGGGCACGUGGAUUUGGAGUGGCACAUCUGGGAGAAUUCUCAGAAUCGAGCUGUGUUAGAUCCAUGUGUUCGUGCCACUUCGGCACCUUGGAAACUACAUGUGAGUGGUCGUGGACAAACACAUGAGAAUGGUGAUAUCUGUGGAGAAUAUUUGUUGGUUGGGUUACACAAAGGUUGGCCAGCCUAUCAAAAACCUGGAGUCAGCAUGGCCAUUCGCCGCGAAAAGAGUCGUUGGGUCAUUGACCGUGAAGGCUUGAGAGAUUCCUUGACCUGUGUGGCCUAUGCCAGCGCCACUCCCGGCUUCGAACAUCCCGGUGAUGGUGGCAGUCGACGAUGGCAUGUCUACGAGAGCUGCUCAGGAUGCCAUGCCUUGGACCUGGCGAUCCAAAUCCGAGUGGAUGACCCAGGAGAGACAUCGGGAGGAGAACCGAAUGCCAAGAGGCAAAGGAUGGAGUGUCCCGUGACCACUAGCCACGCUCAUUUUGGAGCUUGAGUUGAUGUGAAAAUAGGCAUUCAGAUGAGCGGUUUGAUGUAUGGUAAUUCAGAGAUUUGCAAUGGCCGUGUUGAAGACAUCAUGGCAAUUGGACCAAAUGGAAAUGCAAUGUACAGCCAAAUGUGGACUUUGCCGCUCAAUGCACACAAUUAAGGUGUUUGCAGGGAGAGAUGCAAUUGGGAGACAAAAAGAGUCU